UGUCAUGUGUUUUACGAAUCUUGACGCUAGUGAUAUCUAAACAGGAGGAAAAACAAUUCUCAACAGCGGUAAUAUGAUAACUUUGGCCAAUUUACAUUAGCUAUGAACCUGCAGCGCAAAAACCACGACACUGCUGAUAGAGUCGACAAGCUCAUGCAGAAAUAUUUGGAGCGGAAGAAACAGUUACCCCUGUCAGAAGACAUCAACUCAGGAACCAUUAAUGAGGCUGUACAAAGACUUACGUUUGCGAACAGAUCCAAACACCCAAUCAAAGAGAUGAAAUGUUACAGCAAAGCUUUACAUGAGCUGUUCAAAGCAGUUAAAUACCAUCCUGACCACUUCAGCAGUGACCGUAUUUCACUUGGAAGCGAUGAAGACCUCAGCGAGGACUCCAUAGCUGGCCAAAUCCAGGACUCUCAGGAGCUGCUUACAGAAACAGAUGUGACCUUGCCCUCCUGUCUGGAUGGUAGCCCUGGGUCCCAGGAAACUGUGAGAAACAACAUGUUUCUGAGAGCUUACCAGCUCCCCGACUCAAGUCGCUCCUCUACCUUCGUGCUAGCAGAGGUUUAUCAGGAGAUGAUGACCAUCUAUGAACAGCUGAGGACUGAGAGACAAGGCCAGCAGCAUUGGGAGAGGGAGCUACAGGAGCGAGAGAGGAGGCUGAAGGAACAGGAGGAAGCUUUCAGGAAGAUGGCCAGUCUGGAGGAGAUGUUACACUCUCGCAUACUUGCUGUAAAGGAGAAACACCAGCAAGAGGUGAGCCAGCUGCAGGAACAUCUGCGAGAGAGGAGCAAGGAGAACAAGAGGCUGAAGUCCAGCUUUGACGCCAUCAAGGACUUAAAUGACAACAUGAAGAAACAGUUGCAAGAGAUCAGUGAACAAAAUCAGAAGUUGGAGAGUCAGUCUAAGAGGGUGCAGGCUCGACUUGACAACCUUCAGAGGAAAUAUGAGCACAGCAUAGCACCAAGAGGAUGUCAGAAAGCAAAUGUGAAGAGCACAGAGUACAUGAAACCAUCCAGAAAGGAGAAAACUGCUGCCUCUGGAAAACCCAGCUACAAGGGCAGCUACGGUCACACGUCAACAAAGCUGCUUGCCCUUCUGCUGGACUGGGUACUUGAUGGACAGACAUUCUCUUUAGCAGUGGGAAACAAAGGGAAAGGUGUCGACCGGUGUCUGCCUCCACAGGUUGUGCUCAACGAGAGAUGCCUUAAGGGGCUGCCUUUAUUAGCAGAUCAGCUUCAUCACACUCCUCCAUCAGAAGCUGAACUCCUCCUCAACCUCCUGCGUCUCAUCCACUGGGCUUUGAGGCACAUGGACAGAAGUCCACUGCAUGUAGCACUGUCUGCCACUCUGCGGCGGAUAGGAGAGCAAGUGUCAAAGCCGCCAGGUCAGUUCACUGUGUCGGACUCUGACGAUCCAGACCUGCCCAAGUCCUGCAGUGUGACUGCAACUGGACCGAACAGGGGUUGGCCCCUUUACUGCAGCCCCUGUCCCCACACACGCAUCCUCUCAGCCCUCAUCGUCCUCCGCACUGUAACACAAGCUGAUGUUCUGGCCCUGGCUCUGGACUCUCUCCACACGGAGCUGAUGUCUGAGGACAGUCGAGGCCUUUUCAUCCACUAUGAAGGAGUGUGUGUGCUGAUGUCCAUGCUUCGGGCUGGUCGUGGAAGUCUACACACACCUGUUGAUAUCCUGAUGGAGCUAACUCAACAGUCCUGCUACUUAAACCUCUUCCUGGAAGCAUGUAGCUGUGAGGAGUUUUUCCACACAACCUCCAAGAUUCUCAAGAACCCUCGUUUGGAGCUCCCGUCGCUGGAGAAGCUCUCCAUCCUUCUGCAAAAGCUCUCCAGCAUCAGGAAGAACCGUCGUCUGUUUGAACUUUCCUCCCUCCACCUUCAGAUACAAGAACUUUAUCACAACACCAACCACACUCACACCUUCCUCCGCCUGAACCUCAGCUGUGCGCAAAAUACCAUCCCCAUAAUUCUGAUUAUCAACGCUCCGUCCUGCUCUACCUCAAAUAACAUAUUCAAACUCACAUUCUUAAUUAUAUGGUGACAUGUUUUUGUUGUCCUUUUGUCUUUGUGUUUUGACUUCGUGACCUUCUUUGUGAAGACAAUCUGAUGCCUUGUCGUCCGUUCUUUCAAUGAUCAAACCUUUGUGUCAUUCCUUCCAGUGUUCUUAAUGGGUGUCUCAUGUGCACUGAGGAAGCGAGGUGACAGUCAAACUUUUGAAUUACAAUAAACAAAACUAUUUCAAGGUUA